AUGGCCUCCCGUGUCUUCGCCCAGCGCCUGGCUUCCACCAUGGCCCAGACCUCCAAGGUCGCCCGCCCCGCUGCCCGCUUCCAGCUCAACGCUGCCACCAAGCGCACCUUCACCUCCCAGAAGGCCCCCGUCGCCACCUUCGCCGCCCCCAAGCGUGCCUCUCCCACCCUCCUCCAGGCCAACGCCCGCCAGGCUUUCCAGACCGCCGCUCGCCGCCAGUACUCCUCUGAGGUCGCCACCGCCAUGGUCGAGGUCUCCAAGAACCUGGGUAUGGGUUCCGCCGCCAUCGGUCUCGGUGGUGCCGGUAUCGGUAUCGGUCUCGUCUUCGCCGCUCUGCUCAUGAGCGUUUCCCGCAACCCUGCUCUGCGUGGCCAGCUCUUCUCCUACGCCAUUCUGGGUUUCGCCUUCGUCGAGGCCAUGGGUCUGUUCGACCUGAUGGUUGCCAUGAUGUGCAAGUACGUUUAA